AUAAAUAAAAACAUUAUUGGGUGCUUUUUUUUACAUUUAAAUAAUUUGAAAAUUGGUUUUUAUACUUUAUUGGCCACUUUACGUCAAGGAGAGUGGUAAAUAAUCGAAAGUGACUGAACAUCAACAAAACCUUUGCUUGGCUCUUGUUCAUGCAAAUGUUCAUGCUAAAAUGCAAGACGAACACAGGAGAGCUAUACAAAACAACUUUGCUUCCCUUGUCGAACAGACUGAUUUGGAUCACAUGGUUUCGGCUCUGUAUGAAAAAGGAGUCUUUUCGGAACAAAUGAUUGAACCUUAUAAAGACUUAACUAAGGACGCAAGAUCACGCAAACGUUUAAUGUAUAGGGAUAUAACAAGGCGAGGUCCAGAUGCAUUUAGGAACUUAUUGGAUGCUCUCUCAGAUGCUGGUUACUGGGAUUUGGUUCGAGACCUUGAUCCCAAUAGUUCUUUACACACAAGAAGAACCAAAAUAUCAGGACCAAGCACAAGUAUGUCAAAUAAAAAUGAGUAUGUUAGUAUACGUACUGAGAAGAAAAAGACCAAACCACGAGUUGAUGUAUAUAAAAAUGAUUCCACACCUAUUCCUAAGGAUACAACAGAUCUUAAUAUGGUACCUCAGUACAAUGUAAUUAAGUCAAGUAAAUUCUUUGAAGAUGGUGAAGACAUAAAGUUAUACAAGACGCGAGGACAUGAAAGAGGCAUUAUCGUAGUGUUUAGUUACAUUGAAUUUGUUAACAACAUUGAGACAUACCGAAAGGGAGUGGAUGUUGAUUGUCAGAAACUGAAAUACUUAUUUAGUGAAAUGGGCUUUCGAGUAAUAUCUUAUAAGAACUUGACUAGAGAUGAGACAGUUACAACAUUAAAGAGUCUAAAAAAAGUAAUUGUUGGUGUAGAAUGUGUAUUCAUAGUUGUGUCUUCUCAUGGAUAUGAGCGGAAAUACAGCUCGGACACAGACAUUCGCUGUAAAGAUGGACAACUCAUUACCAUUUAUGAGAUUAUAGACUAUUUUAAUAAUAAGAACUUCCCUGCAUUGCAUGGAAUCCCAAAAGUUUUUAUCUUUCAGCUAUGCAGGGGGUCAAAUGUGGAAUACAUUGAUGACCCAAUCAGGUUUGUAUCACCUGACGAUCCAAACUCUCCAGCCGAGCGAGACGGCAAUCCCAUGACUGAUACUGGCCGCUUCUCUCAAGACACACCUCGCACACCUCUCAGCAAGCGAAAUAGACUUUUCUCAGAUAUUCUUAUCGCGCAUUCAACACUGCCAGAAAUACUACACAGAAGUUUUGUGGAGACAGGUGUUUAGAAAAGGAGACGUGGUACAAGCAGAACUCGAGCAACCACCGAUCGUGAUGACCGCAUCAUCCUAUAUAACAGAGAUCUUACAUGAUCGCGUGGUGCCUUACAUGGGAUUUCUGGCAAAAAUUUUACAUUAAUGCGGGAGAUUGCCCGGCCGCACUUUGUUGUACAAUUUCAACAAUAUUGCAAAGAGGUUGGGAUACGUACAAUUAAUGGGCCAGCACGCAGCCCGGAUCUUAAUCCCAUUGAGCAUCUUUGGGACAAUUUAAAAAGAACUGUACAUGCGAGAAAUCCUGUGCCUACGACAGUGGCACAACUAAGAACAGCACUUUGGAGAAUGGGACCAUAUUCCGCAAAGAUGUUUUAAUAACCAAAAUCAAAUCUAUGCGGAACGUGGAGGUAAUACACCUUAUAAAAACAAAUAAACCCUUGCAUAAAGCUUGUCUUUUGUUAAAAACAAUUUUCAUUAAAUUUCUGUGUUUCUUCAAAAAAGUUUUAAGAUCCUUUUCUGUACAAAAUCUUAUACUUAAGAAUAUUCAGACCCUACGCUGUUUUAAACUUAACGAACCAAUCCAGACGUUUCAAUUUAAAUGUGUAAAAAGUUUGCAAUAUUUAUUUCAAAGUCGUUGUUUUACUUUGAUGCAGUUUAUGCGUCCGUGUCAGUGUAUAUUAUAAAAGGAUGUCAGAUUAAAAGUACAUAUU